AUGUCAACAAUUUUCAAUGACUACACUGGAGAUACCGGAAAUCCAGCACUCUUUGAAACUUUUAAACCAAAAAUUCAGGCCUAUAAAAAUGAGUUAGAGAAGUCAAUCUUAAAGGAGUACAGAAUUCCUGCAGAGUUGAUUCCAAAAGAAGAUGGAGCGGAUGUCACUGGUAUUCCAAAAAAAGUGCUCAGUGAAAAGGAGUAUGAAAUUACUGAAUCUAGUGCUACCUCGUUGGUUAAAAGUAUGGCUGAUGGUUCAUUGUCGGCCACUGAUGUUUUCAAAGCUUUUGCCAGACGUGCAACUAUAGCACAUCAACUCACUAAUUGUGCUAUGCAACUAUAUAUGGAAGAAGGCUUGGAGCGGGCGCACGAAUUGGAUAAAUAUUAUAAACGAACUGGGAAGACUAUUGGUCCAUUACAUGGACUUCCGGUUUCUUUGAAAGAACACUGUGGAUAUAAGGGUAAGAUCACACAUUCCUCCUUUGUCUCCCUUAUUGAUAACAUUGACGAUAAGUGGGCUUUAACCGUGGAAACAUUAAAAAAUUUGGGGGCUGUGUUUUUUAUUAGAACUACCGAACCUCAAUGUCUUCUUCAUCUAUGUUCAUUCAAUAAUAUAACCGGAUACUGUUGCAAUCCAAGAAACACUAGGCUAACUCCUGGUGGCUCCUCGUCUGGUGAAGGUGCUUUAGCAGCAAUGCAUGGUUCUGCUUUUGGAUUGGGAUCUGAUAUUGGUGGUUCGAUCAGAUGUCCUGCUGCGUUCUGUGGUGUCUGGGGUCUCCGUCCAACCCAAAAAAGAAUCUCCACGAAAGACAUUCCUCCGAAGGAAUCUGGAGUUCAGGAAGGAGUUGUUGCAGUUCUUGGACCACUUGCGAGGUCUGCUGAUGACAUAAAUCUCUUCAUGAAAUCCCUUAUUUCUGCCAAGCCUUGGGAGAACGAUGCCAACGUAAUUCCUUUACCUUGGAGAGAUGUUCCAAGUCCUGAUAUCUCUUCAUUAACUAUUGCAAUAUAUUAUGAUGACGGUGUCUGUAAACCAACUCCUCCGGUUCUUCGAGGUCUUCAUUAUGCAGCUGAAAAAUUAAAACAUGCUGGAGCAACAAUUGUGGAAUGGAAGGCCAUAGAUGUCGAGAAGCUGAUGAAAACAGUCGGAAACUUUUACAAUGGUGAUGGUGGGAGAGAACUUAGACUUGCACUUGCUGCCUCUGGAGAACCCGUUCAUCCCCUCAGUAAAAUUGCAAUGUCCUAUGGAUGUGGGCCAGAUGGGGUUACUGUUCCUGAAUUUCMAAAAUCUACUUUGAUUAGAGAUACAUACAGAAAUAUAUAUGCUGAUACAAUGCAAAAGAACGGUAUUGACUAUAUUCUAGCACCGGCAUAUGUUUCAGUCGCGCCAAAACUUGGAAAAGACCAUUACAUAGGUUAUACCGGUCUUUGGAAUAUUCUUGACUUCCCUGGAAUUGUUUUUCCAACUGGUCUUUCUUGCGAUCCAAGCUUAGAUACGGUAGACCGUUCAUACAAACAAAGAAAUGACGUUGAGGCAUACGAAUACAGCUUGUACGAUGAUUCUGAGUUAUUCAACGGGGCUCCAAUAAAUUUGCAAAUGAUAGGAAGAAGAUGGUUUGAAGAAGAGCUCGUUCAAGCUGGAAAAGUUGUCUGUGAUUGUAUAUCCAAAUAA